UACAAAGGAGCCGGGAUGGAUGCUGUUGUUUUGCUCUUUUAGAUCUUAUCUCUUCAGUCCCUUUUGUCAUUACAGCAUGUUUUUCAUGAAAGUAUUUGAGCAUGGAGGCCGCAUUACAUGCUGUGGAUUGUACUGGAAGAGCCCAGGAGCCAGGUGAUUGCCAGGGGCAGCCAGAGGGGAUCGCGCCGCAGCCCGCCAAUGACUAGCAGGAAACAGCACUCCUGCCAGAACGCAUUAUUUCAAUUUUGGCUUUCAGGGCACUAAUUCCCUGAAUGGCAAUAACAAAGGGGUGGGAGGGAGAAACACGUGGGAAUGGAAAGAAAAGAUAUUUGAAAAGCUAAAUCUGAGGGGGAAAGGAGUUGCCGGAGUUUUUGGGGCGAGCAGAUGCAGGGGGGAGGCAGAGGAGGGGAAAAGGCUGGGCUUUGGGAACCUGCUGCUGGGCUUUAGACAAAGGCGGUUUGAGAAGCAGAAAACGAGGCGGGACCAGUUGCUAAUAUCAGCACGGGGACGGAGCCAGCCAGCUGGACUCCCGGCAUGAAACGGACUCAAUUCCCAGCGUCUCCUUUGGGCUGGGAAUGACUGGAGUAUGUACCAAACUAAGAACUCAGAGGAAAAAGUAAGUUUGGGGAAGGACUUCCAGAUUCUGCCCAUCUUUGCAAUCUUGCUCCCCUGUGAGGCAUGCCUCCGAUGCGUUACCUCUUUAUAGUUUCUGUUUCUUGCGUGAUCAUUUUCAUUGUGUUCUACGUGUUCAGUUUUGGGGGAGAGCAAAGCUUCCAGAGGCCGAAUAAUUCAGACACUUUGAUUCUGACUCAGGUUUGCACAUCCUUCAUCAAAGGCAAAACGCCCUUCCUGUGGAGAAACAAACUGAUAAUGUACGAGCUGUCUUCUUGCAAGGACUACCUGAUCCAAAGCCACUACAUCACGGCCCCUUUAUCCAAGGAAGAAGCUGAAUUUCCUUUGGCAUAUAUUAUGGUCAUCCAUCACCAUUUCAAUACCUUUGCAAGGCUCUUCCGAGCUGUUUACAUGCCCCAGAAUGUCUACUGCGUUCACGUGGAUGAAAAGGCCACCAUUGAAUUCAAGAAGUCAGUAGAGCUGUUGCUGAGCUGCUUCCCAAAUGCUUUCCUGGCCUCCAAGAUGGAGCCGGUUGUCUAUGGGGGGAUCUCCAGGCUCCAGGCUGACCUGAACUGCCUCAAAGACCUCGCGGCGUCCGAGGUGCCCUGGAAGUACGCCAUCAACACGUGUGGGCAAGACUUCCCCCUGAAGACCAACAAGGAGAUCGUUCAGUAUCUGAAAGGCUUUAAAGGGAAAAACAUCACCCCGGGGGUGCUGCCCCCAGCUCAUGCCAUUGGACGGACAAAGUUCGUCCACCGGGAGCACCUGGGCAAAGAACUUUCCUAUGUGAUCAGAACCACGGCGCUCAAGCCCCCUCCUCCCCAUAACCUCACCAUUUACUUUGGCUCUGCCUAUGUCGCUCUGUCAAGAGAGUUCACCAACUUUGUCCUCCGUGACCCACGGGCUGUUGACUUGCUCCACUGGUCCAAAGACACUUUCAGCCCCGAUGAGCAUUUCUGGGUGACGCUGAAUCGGAUCCCAGGUGUCCCUGGCUCCAUGCCAAAUGCAUCAUGGACCGGUAACCUCAGGGCUAUAAAGUGGAUGGACAUGGAAGAUAAACAUGGAGGCUGCCAUGGCCGCUACGUACACGGCAUCUGUAUCUACGGAAACGGAGACUUGAAGUGGUUGAUUAAUUCGCCCAGCCUCUUCGCUAACAAGUUUGAGCUUACCACGUACCCCCUCACUGUGGAAUGCCUGGAGCUGAGGCUUCGAGAAAGAACCCUAAAUCAGAGUGAAACCGUAAUUCAACCCAGCUGGUAUUUCUGAUCCCCUGUAACACGGGCUCAGCGGGCGCCCGCGGCCGGGGAGAAGAGCCUUGCUUUGUGCGAGAACUCUGCCUCGUUUAGGGGAGGAGGUGCCGGAGUGAGGUUAGGGCUGCAGAACCUGGCCGUGUUGUUCUGUGUGAAGACAUCUGUGGACACUGUGAACUCUGCCAUCAGGGUGGCUGCCCGGGGCGAGGCGAGCCUUUUGGCUUCACCAGGGGCCUCCCGAUGCUCCUUCCAUGUGGGGCUGAUGCUCUGAUCGGUGAUAAAUUGAACUGACGUCAGACCUUGGCACCAGAUGCUCACUGGAGAGACACGUUUUCAUGAAAAGGAGAACUGUAGAUAAGAAAAGGAGAACUGUUGAGGGAAAUAGGAAUUGUGUCUCUUUGAAGGAGUCUUCUCUGAUGGGUCUGUAGCUACGCAUUCAUGGAUACAAGUCCUCUUUGCUCAGCCGCACGGAGGCAUAGAAACAGCUUUCUGGGCAACUCAGCCAUCUCCUUUAGAACUUAAGCUACCAGAAGGGAGAACUAGGUCUUGUUCCCAAGUUUCAACACUAGCAUUUCCAGUUGACUGUGUCUGGAGUUCUGUGUAGAAGGUAAAGUCAUUGACAGGAGGCGGGAUAUGCUUUUCGAACAGUGGCCACUGCUUCCUGCUUCAGCAAAGGGAUCCCAGGGAAACUGGACUUUUCUUGGGGUGUGUCUAGAAUGUGCGCUAGUCCCCCUGCCGUUGCUUUCCAUGGAGAACGCCGAAACGUUCCCAAGAAUGAAGAUAUUUCUAGAAGAGAGGUGCUAUUGCAUGAAUCUUGUCCCGAGUCUCUAGCCUCAGAAUGAGUCACUUUCCUCUUUGGUCACCACCCUCCAUCCCCACCGAAGUGAUCUUACCUGCAAAAUGGAGUCCAGUUUCUACGCCAUGAGGCUUCAAGGACUCCAGAGCAUUCUCUGA